GUGAGAGAGCCAGGAUCGACCGAGAGUAGUGAUGUCGAGGACAUUUCAGUUGCUGCUAGUUCUUGCACUAGUAGGAAUAGUUAGAGUGGGUGGUUCCCGCGCUCAUAAGAACGUCACCCACGGCCCGCACAGCUGCGGCGGCGUGGAUGUCCCCUACCCGUUCGGCAUCGUGGAGGAUGGCGGCGGUGGCGACUUCCGCACUGGGUUCCAUGUCAUGUGUGACGCCGGUGAGCCGGUACUGCACACCACCGGCGGUGACGGAAAGCCCAUUAAGAUCGGCAACUUCUCCAUCAGGAUGGCGGAGGUCCGCGUGUGGCUGCCCGUAGCGUGGCAGUGCUACGACUCCUCCGGCAACGUGAGUGGGUCAGACUACAAUCCCCUAGAGUUCAACGACGAGGGCGUGUACCGCAUCUCCCACGCCAGGAACAACCUCUUUGUUCUGGGCUGCGAAACCACGGGCUACCUCGGGAGCCAGCCGGACCAGGGCUCCGGCGAAAGCAGGUCUUACGCCCAGUUCACCGGCUGCCUCAGCUACUGCAACAACUCCCAGAGCGCGGCGAGCGGUGCCUGCUCCGGGGUAGGCUGCUGCCACGUAGAAAUUCCGCCGGACCUCCUUGGCAACUGGGUGGCCUUCGUUAUCUACGACCACAGGAAUAAGGUCAACUUCAGCCCCUGCGAUUACGCGUUUGUGGCGGAGAAGAAGCAUUACAGCUUCAACACCACCGACCUCAAGAGGGCACUGCGCGGGACCACCUGGGAGAUGCCGGUGGUCCUCGACUGGGCCAUCCGCGACAGCCCCACCUGCAAGUUGGCCAGGAAGAAGAAGGAAGGGUACGCCUGCAAAAGCUCCAACAGCCGCUGCCUCGAUUCUACCAACGGACCUGGGUACAUCUGCAACUGCCGACGGGGCUACGAGGGCAACCCCUAUAAUGAGCGUGGCUGUACCGAUAUAAAUGAGUGUGAGCAUCUUGACCACUAUCCUUGCAAGGGAGACUGCGAGAACAAAGAAGGUUCUUACGAAUGCACAUGCCCCAAGCACACAAAUAGUGCUAAUCCCUUCAAAGAACGUUGCAGCCAAAAUUUACCACUCGGAGCAAAGAUCAUCGUAGGUUCCAUAGGGGGUCUUUUCAUCAUAGCUAUUAUGGUGUUCUUGUGGCUUCUUCACAAAGAGAAAAGAAGGAUGAGAGACAAUUUUGAAAAGAAUGGGGGACCUAUAUUGGAAAAGAUCAAUAAUAUAAAGCUAUUCAAUAAGGAAGAUAUAAGGAAAAUUCUGAAAAAUAAGAAACUUCUCGGAAAUGGUCACUUUGGUACGGUUUCCAUGGGGCACACUGAGGAUAAACAAGUGGUCGCUGUGAAAGAACCCAUCAAUCGCAAAUCACCAAAUGACCAAUUUGUAAAUGAGAUCAUCAUUCAGUCUAGAGUCAUUCACAAAAACAUUGUCAAGCUCAUAGGUUGUUGCCUACAAUUUAAAGUCCCAACUUUGAUCUAUGAGUUUGUGCCCAAUGGCAGCCUCGACGAUAUUCUUCAUGGCAAGAACCAUAUGCCUCUAAAGUUGGGUCUACGUCUACAAAUUGCUGCAGAAUCAGCAGAAGGUCUAGCUUAUAUGCAUUCAAAAACAACUACAACAAUCCUCCAUGGUGAUGUUAAACCAGCUAAUAUACUUUUGAAUGAAAAGUUUAUGCCGAAGAUCUCAGACUUUGGCAUAUCAAGGUUAAUGGUCACUGGUAUGCAAAUGCAACACACUGGAUGUAUCAUUUUUGACAAGGCUUAUGUUGAUCCAGUAUAUAGGAAAACUCAACAAUUGACCACCAAGAGUGAUAUCUAUAGUUUUGGAGUUGUGCUCUUGGAGCUCAUUACAAGAAAGAAAGCCUCUCAUUCUGACAACAACUUACUCGGGAACUUUCUUGAUACCUACACAAAGGACAAGUCUGUGACCGAGCUCCUGGAUAAGGAACUUGGAGAGGAUGAUCAAGAAAUUUUUGGUCAUUUAAUAGGGAUGAUUAUGCAAUGUAUAAAUCUUGACGUCAAUCAGAGACCAGAGAUGACCGAUGUCGCUGAGCGUCUUCAUGAUAUGGUGAAGAGGUUAAAUAAUAAAUAGGAUGAUCUACCAAAUGAUCAUGUGGUUUCACCGCAAGUUGAUGCAUGUUCCAGUUGAGAGACAAACAUAGAGGAAAUGAGCAUGCAUGUAACACUUAUAUGCUUAUUGUGGGCUAUACUUGUAUUGAUACAAAAUUUCCUGAAGUACAAGUAUGAUAGGUUACCCGAGAGAUGAUGUAACUAAUUAGAAUGGUUCUCUUCCAUAUGUAGAAGAGGAGAUAUAUACUUGGGCCCGAAUAAAUGUUACUCCCUCCGUAAACUAAUAUAAGAGCGUUUAGAAUACUAAAGUA